ACCGAUUCCUCUGGUUAAAAAAAAAUGUCGACCUCCACAAUGAUCAGUCGUGGUGUGUUUUCUGUUGCAAGGAUGCGUUCAGGAAUCUAUUUGGGAUUGAGAGCUUUGGGCGCCUAUCCGGGUCAUAGGAAAUGUAUUACAAUCAGGUCGCAGCUCCUGUCGGCACCAUGUGCACCAUUCCAUACUGCAACAGUGUUCUCCUCAACGCCGUCAAUCACAGUCACAGAAGAGCCAGACACAUUAUUCCAGAAGGUGUCUGUGUUGGUCAAAGGUCACGAUAAGGCUGUCUUGAACAGCUAUGAGUUCUUUGCUACCAUGGCAGCUAAAGAGCUGGGCAUCAAAGUCACCAAAGUUUAUGAACCAUCCAGGGUCAUUGAGCGGUUUACACUUUUGAAGUCGGUCCACAUUUUCAAGAAGCACAGGGUUCAGUAUGAGAUGAGAACACACUACCGAUGCAUUGAGUUGUCACAUUUAACUGGCUCAACAACACAGGUGUACCUGGAGUACAUCCAGAGAAAUCUCCCUGAAGGUGUUGCUAUGGAGGUAACAAAGACUGCAAUGGAGAAGGUUCCAGAACACAUCCUUGAACCCAUGUGGAAGGACCAUCCCAUUGCUGAUACACCUGGCCAGUGAAUGCAGGAGUGAAUUGACGUCUUCUCCGAUUUCUAUCGAUAAGGUGGUUUUGAUGAAAGCGCAGAGAAACAUUGAAGGUUGGUUCUGAUGAACAUCUGCACUGUUCAGAAGUAGUCUUCAAUGUGAAUUCAAACUGUAAAGUCUUCAGCUGGAAAAUUUGUACCCAUUUUGUUUGCACGUGUUGUGAAAAGUGGAUAUACAUUCUGGUCAUCUCUUCUGUGGUGAAAUGUGAUACUCCAUCAUACGGUUCUCAAAUAAAUUCAGAAUUUUAGAUUUCUUGUGCAGUUAUUUUGAUCUAAAUUAAAUUUUAGCUUGUUUGUUGGCCAAUGUCUGCAGUUGCUUAAUUGUAUGAACAUAAAGUCGAACACAAGACCAGCA